AUGGCGGAUCCAAAGGGGUACACACUAAACCAGGUGGCUGUCGGCGACACCGACCGAGAGUGUUUCUUCUCGGACACUGGAAGAUACAGCACCCACAAGAAACCAAUCCGAAGUGCACAGAAGCGGGCGGACAUUCAGACAUCCAUUCGGGAUAGAAGCGAGUACUUCGCGGACCUUCUGAAAAGCCUGAAAAAAAGUGAAAAUCUUGGCACAUCUUUGAUCAAGAUUGAAAACACAUAUAGCGAGGUCUUCUUUUGCCAUUGCUUCCCUCAAAAGAAGACGUGCUUCAUCUUCAGGUUCGGUUGCAUUGUUGCAUGGGAUGUCGACAAAGAUCAACGGGAGGAGCUCAUUCGGCUUAUGGAACCGUUCGUGAAGGAGUCCCUUGGAUCGAAACGAGAAGAUGAUACCAUGAGCUACGUCUGGUCUGAAAGAGCAACAAUCAAGGCUGAUCAUAUCCACCUGGUGACGCCUAACGUGUUCGAGCGGCUGGCGUACUCCUACGCUUUCGCGCAAAGCGUAAAGCUGGCGGUCUUCGAGACAGUUGUUGAUGAGACAAUCGAGAGGACUCGGAAAAUUCCAGAGGGUUUGGCCAAGUCAGGAAAAAUCAAUUCAACCCGGGAGGAUAUUAGCAAGCGAAUUGGAGAGCUCUUCGUGAAUCGCUUCUACAUCAACUUGCACACAGACAUACUUGACACUCCAGAUAUCUUCUGGGAUAAUGACGAUUUCGCUGACCACUACGACAACUGUCGGCGGUACCUGGAGAUUCCCAAAAGAGUUGAUAUUCUUAAUCAGCGUUUAGAUAUUAUAAAGGAUCUCUACGACAUGCUGAACGAUGAGCUGACAAAUCAGCACGGAAAUAAACUGGAAUGGAUCGUCAUAUACCUCAUCUGCAUCGAGGUGCUCAUCGACGUUGUCUGGAAUAUCCUUAUCAAGGACAUCCUCAAGUGGGUAUAG